AUGUCACCCUCAACCCCAAAACACAUCUUUGUAACAGGCGCGACAGGCUUCAUCGGCGCCCAUGUAGUCGACAACCUCCUGGCCCGCGGGUUAAGCGUCCGCGCAGCAACACGCUCCGUACAAAAAGGCGAGCAAAUGAAAGCCGCAAGACCGCAACAUGCCUCCCGACUCGAAUUUGUCGAGAUACAAGACUUCUCACAGAUCGGAGUCUUCGACGAAAUCAUGGAGGGUAUAGACGGUGUCAUUCACGUCGCGAGUCCAUUCACAUACGACACCACAAACAACGAACAAGAACUCAUCAUCCCGGCCAUAAACGGAGUGAAAUCCAUCCUCUCCGCCUCGGCGAAACAACCCAAUGUGAAGCGCGUUGUCCUUACCUCAUCGUUUGCGUCCGUAGUUGAUAUAGCGAGGACAUACGACGGCGAUUUCACCUACACCGGUUCCCAUUGGAAUCCCUUAACCUACGAAGAAGCGAUCGACCCCGCCACCGACGCGGUAGUGGCGUACCGGGGAUCGAAGAAGUUUGCCGAACUAGAAGCCUGGCAGUUCAUCGAGCGGGAGAAGCCCUCAUUUGAUCUCGUUACGCUUUGCCCGCCCAUGACCUUCGGUCCUGUCGUGCAUCCUGUAAGCGGGGUAGCGGGGUUGAACGAGUCGAAUGCGGUGCUGUGGAGUGUUGCUUCCGGAGCGGAUCCGCUGCCUGCUGCCAGGGUUUCGGCGUGGAUUGAUGUGAGGGAUUUGGCGGAGGCCCAUGUGCAGGCUUUGCUGAGGAGUGAGGUUGGUGGGAAGCGGUUUGUUCCUGCUUCUGGGGAGCCGUUUUCGUAUGAGUUGGCGGCGGAUAUUAUUCGAGGGAGUUUUGAGUGGGCGAGGGAUACGGUUACGGGGAAUUAUGAGAGUGGGGAAAAGCCUGUCCAGGGGUAUAAAUUGGAUGGGGAGGCUGUGACGAGGGAGUUGGGGGUUAGUUUUAGGAGUUUUGAGGAGACAGUGGUGGAUUUGGUGGGUCAGGUUAAGGAGACUCUUGCUUGA